AACCUCCACACAACCACACAUCCUCAACCUCACAACCAGCACAUCACGAUGGCACUCCUCGUAGAUAAGCACCGUCCUCGCUCUCUCGACCAAUUAACCUACCACAAAGACCUCUCGGAAAGACUGCGUUCACUGGCACAAUCCGGCGAUUUCCCCCACCUCCUCGUCUACGGCCCCUCCGGCGCCGGCAAAAAAACCCGCAUAAUCUGCACCCUCAAAACACUCUUCGGGCCCGGCGUCGAGAAGAUCAAAAUCGACUCGCGCGUCUUCCAAACGACCUCGAACCGCAAACUCGAAUUCAACAUCGUGUCCUCGAUCUACCACCUCGAAAUCACGCCCUCGGACGUCGGAAACUACGACCGCGUCGUCGUGCAGGAUCUGCUGAAGGAGGUCGCGCAGACGCAGCAGGUGGACGCGAAUGCGCGGCAGCGCUUCAAGGUCGUGGUUAUUAAUGAGGCGGAUAGUUUGAGUCGGGAUGCGCAGGCGGCGUUGAGGAGGACGAUGGAGAAGUAUAGUCCGAAUUUGAGGUUGAUUUUGUUGGCGAAUAGUACGGCGAAUAUUAUUGCGCCGAUAAGGAGUAGGACGCUGUUGGUGAGGGUGGCGGCGCCGACGGAGGAGGAGAUUGUGGAUGUGCUGGAAAGAAGUGGCAGGAAGGAGGGGUGGAAGGGGGAGAGGGGGUUGAAUGAGAGGAUUGCGAGGGAGAGUGGGAGGAAUUUGAGGAGGGCGCUUUUGAUGUUCGAGGCGGUGCAUGCGCAGAACGAGAAAAUCACACCUCAAACUCCCCUCCCACCCCCAGACUGGGAAGCCUUGCUCGGUACCAUCGCGAGCGAAAUCCUAGCUGAGCAUUCCCCAGCACAGAUCCUCAAGAUUCGCGCCAAGCUCUACGACCUCCUCACUCAUUGCAUACCCGCGACCACUAUCCUGAAAACGCUUACGUUCAAAUUAAUCCCAUUGGUAGACGAUCAAGUCAAGGCAGAGAUUGUGAAAUGGGCUGCGUUUUACGAACAUCGGGUUAGGAUGGGAACGAAGGUUAUUUUCCAUCUGGAGGCUUUCGUGGCGAAGGUUAUGCGGGUGUUGGAGGAAUGGGAUAUGAGUAUGGAUUUCUAGCUUAGGAGUAUGUGUGGAGUAAUGGAUCAUGAACAAGAUAGCAAGC